AAGGCCCUCAGAAAAUCGCUGGAUGAAUUCUACGAAGAGAUAUCCUUGGAGUGGUUAUGGAAGGAAACGGUUGUUCCGGGCCCAACUUCGCCCUCUACUGGGGACUCCGAGGAGAGAGUAGAGGCUACAGUUCAGGGUGGGGGAUAUGGGAUAUGGGUGAGGCAGUUCUGCGCCCUGGACCUCGGGCUGGGGCUCUGUUUUAGGGCCUGGCUCAGAGACGGAGCUCCACCUGAGGUGAGGCUAAAUCGAUCGGUCCUAGGAGAUCGCCCAGGGCUGGGGCUGGUCCUGACCCUGGGCUCUAGGCUGGGGUCCAGGACCAGGAAUCAAUAUCAAGAGGGCCCUGGGCCUGGGCUGUGCUGUGCCAUCAGAACCAGAAGGAGGCGCCUGGACCACCUUAGAGGCAGCCUCACCACUCAUUUCUUGGCAGUUAUUUCCGGCCGGUCGGGCAGAGCUGUUCACUUUCAGUUGGGCUGGAAGUUCCCAAGCACCAGCGGCCCUGAAGCUGACCAGAGCAGCCCCUUUUCCAGCAUUAAUGGCCAGGUACCUGCUCUUUUCCCUGGCACAAAGAUCAAUCAGGGUGGCUGAUGUGACGGGAAGCAGAGCUUUCCUCAGAAAGCCUCCAGUCGGCCUUGACUCGCCAAGGGGUUUUGGGGUCUCCCGCUGCAGGCCCAGCGAUUACCUGCACAAGAGCAUUGUCAACACCCUGCACUACCAGGAGAGCCUGCCCCGGCUGCCUAUUCCCAAGCUAGAAGACACAGUGAAGAGAUACCUCAAUGCCCAGAAGCCUCUUUUAGACAGUGGUGAAUACAGGAAAACAGAGAAACUGAGUCAGAAUUUCAAGGAAGGUAUUGGAAAAGAACUGCAUGAACAUCUGGUUGCUCAGGAUGAGCUGCGACAAGAUACCAGUUACUACUCAGAAAUGUGGCUGAACACAUACCUGACUCUCCGCAGCCCGCUUGCCUUCAGUACUAAUGUAGGGUUAGCUUUCCACCUGGACCCAAACCCGAGCCACAAUGACCAGCUCACCCGGGCAACCAACCUGACUGUUUCAGCCCUCCGGUUCCUCAAGACCUUCAGGGCUGGCUACCUGGAGCCAGAGGUCCUGCACCUCUACCCAGAGAAAACGGACACUGAGGAGUUUAAGAAGCUCAUUCAGUUUGUCCCUCCUUCUCUUGUCUGUAACGUGGCCUCUAUGGUCAAUGUCUACCCCUUGGAUAUGUCCCAGUUUUUCAGACUUUUUAACACAACCCGCCUGCCCAGGCCUGGGAGGGAUGAGCUGUUCACGGAUGAAAAGGGGAAGCACGUUCUGGUGCUACGAAAGGGAAAUUUCUAUGUCUUUGACGUCCUGGACCAGGAGAGGAACAUAGUGAAGGCGGUUGAAAUCCAGGCUCACCUGAAGUCCAUCCUGGCUGACGACCUCCCUGUCCCUGAGUUCCCUCUGGCCUACCUGACCAGCGAAAACCGAGACAUCUGGGCCCAGCUGAGGCAGGAGCUCUUGGAUAAUGGCAAUGAGGAGGCCCUGAGAAAGGUAGAUUCAGCCAUGUUCUGCCUGUGUCUGGAUGACUUCCCCAUCCAGAACUCUGACCACCUGUCUCACAACAUGCUACACGGCGAUGGCAUGAACCGCUGGUUUGAUAAGUCCUUCAAUCUCAUCCUGACCCAGGAUGGACAGGCGGCUGUUCACUUCGAACACUCUUGGGGUGAUGUCCUGACCUUCCUCCGAUUCCUGGAUGAAGUCUCUAAAGACAGCAGCCGGUCCCCCGCCGUCACCCCCCAGGACCAGUCAGAGGCCGUGGCAGCUGACUCCUGCACAGCUGCAACCCGCCUCGAAUUCAGGUUGAAUGGAGCCAUAAAGGCAGGCAUCUCCAAAGCCAAAGAGAACUUUGACCUUACCAGAAGGACUCUGACUUUACGGUUUGUAGAGUUUGCCAGUGGUGGGCGAAACUUUCUGAAGGACCACAAGGUGAGCCCAGACGCCAUGGUUCAGCUGUCUUACCAGAUGGCUUUCCGGGUUAUGCAUGGUCAGACCGUCCCAACCGAUGAGUUUUGCAGCACCGCAACCUUCAAGCAUGGCCGCACUGAGAUUAUCCGUCCUGCCUCUGUCCUCACCAACCGUGCAGCCAAGGCCUUGGUCCAGGAACCUUCCCCAAGAAGUGUGGAGGAGCUCCAGGGCCUGCUUGCUGACUCUUCCCACUACCAUGUCCGCCUGAUAAAAGAGGCAGCAAUGGGCCAGGGGUUUGACAGACAUCUGUAUGCGCUGCGUAAUCUAUCUGCAUCGAGACGGGAGGCACUCCCUGAGUUCUUCCAAGACCCAGCAUAUGUGCGACUCAACCACAUCAUCCUCUCCACCAGGGCCAUAGCCAGCCCGCUGCUGAAAACCGGGGUGGUGGCGCCAGCCACACCUGACGGCUUUGGUGUGGUCUACUCCAUUCACAAAGACUGUCUCACCUUCAGUAUCUCCUGCUAUUCUGUGAGGGAUGCCCAGGAGUUCUCCCAGGUGGUAAUAACUGGCCUCGAGAAAAUUGUAGCUGUGCUCAGAGGCAAGCCAGACAAAAUUUAGUCUUUUCGCUUUCCAUUUUCUCCAUUUCUGUUUGCCUUUCCUUUCAUGUCUGUCACCAACCCUCGUUGUUAGACUGUGAGCCCCUUGGGGGCCAGGACCCGGUGUCCCCUCCUCUGUGUAUUUCUUUUCCAGCUCUGAAUACCCUGUUUUGUUGACAGUAUAUUGAAUUCCAUUCAUCCUUCUACCAUCAGAACCUCGGGGAAGAGGAGAGGCUGGGAGCUGUUUGGAUUGGCCCCUAUCCUCUUCCCUAGGCUUAAACCCUUCCCAUCCUCCAAGUACACCUGCAGGGGACAGAUAUGAGCCGGGUCACCCUAGGCAAGCAGGCUUUCUGCAGGGUUUUGGUGAAGGCAAAACUGCUCUUGGAGGAUUUUCCCUGCAUAUUUUCCCUGAGCGUUUGAACGUUCCUAGGGAAAACAACUUGAACUUAACCUAAAGCACCAUGGAAGCCUGUUCCCCUUCCUGAACUGACACUCCAUCUUCACCCUGGCCCCACACCACCCCCAGGGUCCUCAUCUCCCAGGGCACCAGCUCCAACAGCAACCAGUCUGGUGAGUUGGGAAGGAAGCAGGAAAAUAAAGAUGCCCUUAGGCGGGGAGCAUACUGACAGAAGGAUACUUGACCCCACUCCCCACUGUGUGCCACUUUUGUUUGAGUUUCCCAAGGGUACCCUUUCAUGGGAGCCAGUAUGCAUAGGCUAGCUCCCAGAUUACUGGGUGUUUUCCUGAGGGAAACAGACAUUGCACCAGGCGGAAGACCUAAGGGUUAGAGCACUUCAGGCCUGCCUUCCAAUUCUCCCCUCGGCCUCUAGACUGGACCUUCUCACUCACGCUGACUGACUAGGAUAGGCUGAAUCCUUGCGUGGAAGUUGUGCUUCUAACCACCACCCCACCACCAAUAUUACAGGCAUAGAGAGAAUGACUGGCCUUGACAUUUUGUCAGCCAUCAGAACAGAUCAGUGGCUGAUGGGUAUCACAAGGCUCAUACCCAGGUUUUCUGGUUUAUACAUACAGACGCUAAUAGUACCUUCUUUUUUCUGUGUGUUGAUAGUCUGGGAUUUGUUGUUAAAAUUUAUGGUUCUUUUCAACUAUCACCUGUUGACUCUUUUACAUGUUACCUUUUGAUGGACUUGGCAAACCUCAUGCUUGAUCUGUGGUGUCUUCUGUUCAAUCUCUGUUGCUUGUUAGAAAUAAAUGAUUUGAGUCUCAAUAAAAGUGCCUACUUUGAAUCAAA